AUGACCCUGCCUAAAAUGGACAAUCCUGGGAUUGGCCAGCUACAGGUCCCAGCAUUCGGGGAUAUAUCCCUUGAUUAUGAAAUGGAAACCAGUCAAAGGUUUGCUCAUGGUGCCCUGCCGAACCACCCACACAGGCGGGGUCGAGCUACCCGUUUGACUAUUACCGAACUGUUCAUCCUUCGUAUGAUUGAAAGAGUGUCGGAGAUACCAAGCUGGGAACAUGAUGUGUUCGACGACAAAGCGUUGGCUCAGUGGUAUGCAGAUGCGAUAUCUGAGUCGAGAUCAACAGAGCAAUUGAACCCAGAAGCUGACGCUGAUAUGGAUGUCGACAUUAAUUAUUUGUCACAGACGACAUGGGACUGGUGCAUUGCAGAGCUGCAGGACAAGGCAAAAGAUAUUCGAAAACAGAAGUUUGUCCUUACUCUAAAUGCCGAUUCGGGUGUCUGCAAAUCAGAUGAACUGGCUGGAGAACCACUGAAAAUUGAACUGAAAAAGGCGCUGGAAAAACAACUUCCCUGCAACCAACGAGGGGAAUUCCCAGAGGAAGAUUCGAGUCCGAUGCAUGAUCUGGUUGAUCCCUCAUUGUUCAUGCUGGUCGAUGGCUGGACUGCCGUGCUCAGUCAAGGAGGUCUUGUACCCAUGGCUGAUAGUGGUCUAGCAUAUCCGACUAUUGCAUCAAAGGCCAUUGUUGCACCAAUCUUAGAGCACCCACUCGAUAUAUUCACAGCGAAGUCAUCGAGCUACAGGAGAGCUUCUCGGCCAUAUGAUCACGAAACCCACCCUUUCUACCGUUGGUUCAACCGGUUUCAGUGGCUUCCAAGUGAAGUAGUAUUUACCAGCCAAGAAGCUUCCAGCACAGAAGUUCGCAUACCAUCAUACAUCAACAACCUUCACCCCCAAAACAAGCGAGCUUAUAUGGCAAUUGAAAUACUGAUUUCCUUGAGCUUGGACCCUUGA